CAGUGUGCAUCUGGAAGUUGUCGCCAUCAUAUCUGGCUAAAUGUUGAGCUAGCCUUCAAGUCAGUCGAGGAUAUCAAGUUAUUGAUAUCAGUAACCUCUCUUUGUUUAUGUCUGUCGAGUAUCUGUGAACUGUUGUGAUGUUAUGAACCAGUGAAGGCGUCUGAGGAUCGACGCUGUUGUUGUAGUCUGGUGUAGUUUACUCACAUUAGCUGCGGCUAAUAUUCACACUAGCUGGAGUCUUGAGGAGCAGAGAGGGCGGUGGGCUGAGAAAACUGUCUCGUUAGCAGCGAGCCAGCUCGCUAGUCAGCUGGCCACCAAGUACUAAAACAGACCUUAUUUAGAUUAAAGAGGAGAAAGCAGCGGUUGUUUGCCGGUUGUUGUCCCAUGAUAAGUUGGUAGCGGACCGUUAGCCAGGGAGCUAGCAGCGUCACAGAGUUAGCUGCACAGAAACGGAAGAUUUUUUUAGCAAACAGAGCUAACUACAGAAGAAGCUGGGUUUGGUCUGCGACGGAGAGAGUCUGCUAAACUGGAGCUGGCAUCGUCACAUUUCCCAUCUUUAAAACCUGGCUGCUGGCCUGACAACCAAGAAGAUGUCUGAGGGAGAGAGCAAGCAGGCCUCGGACACUGGCCAGGAGGUGAAGGCAGAGGCCGGGGCAGGAGCACCCACAGGUCAGACAGUGUCCUCCGUGUCCCCCCCUGUGUCCAUGGUGACCCAGCCUCCAGCCACUGCAGCCACAGAGGACGAGGAAGAGGAGAGUGAGGAUGAGUCAGAGAUUUUAGAGGAAAGCCCGUGUGGACGCUGGCAGAAACGCAGAGAAGAGGUGAAUCAGCGCAAUGUCCCCGGGAUCGAUAAUGCUUACUUGGCCAUGGACACAGAGGAAGGAGUUGAGGUGGUCUGGAAUGAGGUCAUGUUCUCAGAAAGGAAGAACUUCAAACUACAGGAGGAAAAAGUCAAAGCAGUUUUUGACAAUUUGAUCCAGCUGGAGCAUUUGAACAUUGUGAAGUUCCACAAGUACUGGGCGGAUGUCAAAGAGAACAGAGCGAGGGUCAUUUUCAUCACUGAGUACAUGUCUUCAGGGAGUCUCAAACAGUUUUUGAAAAAGACAAAGAAAAACCACAAGACCAUGAAUGAAAAGGCCUGGAAGCGUUGGUGCACACAAAUCCUGUCUGCUCUCAGCUACCUGCACUCCUGUGAACCUCCCAUCAUUCACGGCAACCUGACCUGUGAUACAAUCUUCAUCCAGCACAACGGCCUCAUCAAGAUCGGCUCAGUUGCUCCAGACACCAUCAAUAACCAUGUGAAAACCUGUCGGGAAGAGCAGAAGAGCCUUCACUUCUUUGCUCCAGAAUAUGGAGCUGUUGCCAAUGUUACCACAGCCGUGGAUAUCUAUUCCUUUGGAAUGUGCGCCUUAGAGAUGGCUGUGUUGGAAAUCCAGAGUAAUGGAGAUUCGUCUUAUGUGUCCCAAGAAGCCAUAAACAGUGCCAUUCAGUCCCUAGAGGACCCGUUGCAACGGGAGUUUAUCCAGAAGUGUCUGGAGGUGGACCCCAGUAAGCGACCCACAGCCAAGGAGCUGCUGUUUCACCAGGCCUUGUUUGAGGUGCCCUUACUCAAGCUGCUGGCUGCACACUGCAUCGUCAGCCACCAACAUAUGAUUCCAGAAAAUGCUUUAGAAGAGAUGACAAAGAACAUGGACCCUAACUUGGUGAUAGUUGAGGCCAAGGAUGGAGUUCAGAUGAAGCUUUCUCAGUUUCCUGCCCUCGAGCUGGACAAGUUCCUGGAAGAUGUAAGGAAUGGCAUCUAUCCUCUGACUGCGUUUGGGGUACCAUGUCCUCAACAGCCUCAGCAGGAGACAGUGAAGUCGCCCAUAGUGCCCCCCUCAGUGAAAACCCCGACCCCUGAACCUGCAGAGCUCGAGACCAGGAAGGUCCUUCAGAUGCAAUGCAACAUUGAGCCUGUUGAUGAAGGCACCAAGCAUCAUCUGACCUUGCUGUUGAAACUUGAGGAUAAACUGAACAGGCACUUAAGCUGUGAUUUGUUACCAAAUGAGAAUGUGCAGGAGCUGGCUGUGGAGCUUGUCCAGCUAGGAUUCAUCAGCGAGGGCGAUCAGCCACGACUUGCAUCCGUUCUCGAAGAGGCCUUUUCAAAGUUCUACAGCCGGAAUGGUUCUCUCAAUCCGGUGACCGUUUCCUCGUAGCGGAGGACUCAUUCGGCCUUCUCUCAGCCCUCCUCAUCCUCUACAAUGGGACUAGCUUUUUGCUCCACCUUUGAGUUGCAGGAAAGCUUUGCGAGGACAGAGGAGGAAGCCUUGGUCUGGUUGCAGAUUCUGCAGCCUGUCGUCGUAUCUUCUGGUGGGAAAAAGCUGCCACUAAGUGGUCGUCGCUUUCUAUCUUUUUUUUUUUUCCUCCCACCCAAUACAGCCAUCUGCUUCUCUUUUUAAAGAGGAAAUCUUAGUUGCAACUAUAAGGAAAAUACAAAUGUUUUCACUUUUUGGCUUAUUUUCUGUUAAAGAAGCAAGCAACAUAAAACUGGAUGACAGCAGUAUUUUCCUUAAGUCAGUAUUAAAUCUUGUAUUUUAAACAUUUUUACUUAAAACUGUUUAAUAGUUGUCUGUAUUAAAAAAAAAAAAAAAGAUAAAAACAAAUCUUUGUCCCGGCAUACUGAAGUGUAUGUAUUCUGGUGUUGUAAGGUUAAGUCUGGUUGUCUGGUCCUUUUAAAACUUUCUCUCGAGCAUCUUCCUACCUUGUAUCGAAGACUCAUCAAGCUAUAAACGCAACAGAUGCAACGUCACUUUUACUUCAAAAUUCUGUAAUUAUACAACAUAGUCAAUCUGAAGAGCUGCAGCUAAAGUAUAAAAGAAAAUCAAACUAUUUAUUUGUGUAUUUUUCUUCAGUGUGUACUGUAAAUCACUUCCAGCACUAUUAAGGCCGGUGGUUGUUUGAAUGUAUGCUUUUACUUUCUCUCUUUAAAUUGUUAUUUUCUAUGAAAAGAGGGUGUCAUCACUUGACUGUGGUCCAACUACGACUGUAGCUUCUGUUGCAGCACGCAUCAACUGUCUAGGUAAAAAAACCAACAAGUUGUUGAGGUUCAUGUGACGGGUGUUUAUCAACAGGUUUGAUGAGUGCAUGUGCGCUUUUCUGUGUCUAAAUGGAAACCGAUGCAUGCAACACGCAACAAGCUUCUGGAGUAUUUUAACAGCAAUUGGUGAUAGUCAAGUAAUUCAUCAUGCAGAGGAUGUUGUCAGCGUAGGCCUGUCCACAUUUAGAUUUUGCAGCUCUGAAUCAUUUCUCCAUGGCUGACACCAGAGUAAAACUUUGGCCCCCAACAUGUAGAUACUCACUUAUUGGCUCCUUUGUCUAUGUUAACUGUUUGGGGAUCUCUCUGUUAGUUUGCACUGCUGUACACUUUUAUAUCCUGUUGGAAAUGUCCUGUGGCCUCUGGCUUAUUCGCAACAACAACAGGAGGAACUUAGAUGAAUUUGGAAAAUGGUGACAUUAUUAAACAUGUAGUCAGUGGUCCAGUCUCCUCUCUACUGUGACUGCCUUCUGACAGGGUCUGUAGAUACUUCGAGAUACAAGUGUGGAACUGCCUGGCAUGCUUGUAACCAUCUUGUACACUGUAUGCUGGACACUGUGCUCUGUUUCUGCAAUGCAUUUACCCUCUUUUUUCACUUCCUGAAAUAAAAAUUUACACGAUCAGAUCACA